AUCAUUAAUCAAUCAUCCCCAAUAAAAACAUAUAUUAAUAACACAAAAAAAUUUGUAAGCAAAAGGGUUUAAUGGGGAGCCCGGGAUCUAAAGGGAAGUACCUUGGUGUUACGGAACCAAUAUCUUUGGGUGGUCCCACUGAAUUCGAUGUGAUCAAGACCCGCGAGCUUGAUAAGUUCCUUGCGGAUGUUGGCUUGUAUGAAAGUCAGGAAGAGGCUGUCUCUAGGGAAGAAGUGCUUGGGCGAUUGGACCAGAUUGUUAAGAAAUGGAUAAAAGCAGUUAGCCGAGCUAAGGGUUUCAAUGAGCAGCUGGUCCAGGAAGCGAAUGCCAAAAUAUUCACAUUUGGUUCAUAUCGGCUUGGGGUGCAUGGCCCUGGUGCAGAUAUAGACACACUGUGUGUGGGUCCAAGACAUGCAACAAGAGAAGAGGAUUUCUUCAUUGAACUUCAUAAGAUGCUGGCUGAGAUGCCUGAAGUAACAGAAUUGCACCCUGUGCCUGAUGCUCAUGUCCCCGUGAUGAAGUUCAAAUUUAUCGGGGUUUCUAUAGACCUUCUUUAUGCAAAGCUCUCACUUUGGGUCAUUCCCGAGGACUUGGAUAUUUCACAAGAUCUGAUAUUGCAGAAUGCAGAUGAGCAGACAGUUCGUAGUCUCAAUGGAUGCAGAGUUACUGAUCAAAUUUUACGUUUAGUGCCAAAUAUUCAGAAUUUCCGUACAACUUUGAGAUGCAUGAGGUUUUGGGCAAAAAGACGGGGUGUUUAUUCAAAUGUUGCUGGGUUUCUUGGUGGUAUAAACUGGGCAUUACUGGUUGCUCGAAUCUGCCAGCUAUACCCAAAUGCACUACCAAGUAUGUUGGUAUCUCGGUUCUUCCGGGUGUAUACCCAAUGGCGAUGGCCAAAUCCUGUCAUGCUAUGUGCCAUUGACGAAGGUUCGCUGGGACUACCUGUUUGGGAUCCAAGAAAGUAUCCCCGAGACAGACUUCAUAUGAUGCCCAUAAUUACUCCUGCUUACCCUGGCAUGAACUCUAGCUAUAAUGUCUCAUCAAGUACGUUGCGUGUAAUGACAGAGGAGUUCCAGAGGGGAAAUGAAAUUUGUGAGGCCAUGGAGCAAAGCAAGGCUGACUGGAAUACUCUCUUUGAGCCUUACCCUUUCUUCGAAGUGUAUAAAAAUUAUUUGCAGAUUGAUAUCGCUGCUGAAAAUGAUGAUGACCUGAGAAAAUGGAAAGGUUGGGUAGAAUCUCGACUUCGCCAGCUUACUUUGAAGAUUGAGAGACACACAUUUGGUAUGCUUCAAUGCCACCCGCACCCAAGGGAUUUUUCAGACAAAUCCAGGCCAUUCCAUUGUUGUUACUUCAUGGGCCUACAACGGAAACAAGGUAUUCCUGCAAGUGAAGGCAAACAAUUUGAUAUAAGGGCAACUGUAGAGGAAUUCAAACACUCUGUUGGCAUGUAUGCAUUAUGGAAACCAGGAAUGGAGAUCCAUGUAUCUCAUAUAAGGCACAGGAACAUUCCUCUUUUUGUGUUUCCUGGUGGAGUUCGGCCUUCCCGCCCUAUGAAAGUAAUGAGGGAGGGUAGGUUUGUCAAGAAAUCGAAAUCUGAUUCUGCUGACAAAUCAUGUGAAAGCACAGCAGGUGCUGUGGAUGCAGUAGAUGACAAGAAGAGAAAAUUGGAUGAUGAUAAUAGCCCAAGAAAUGCAAAGUGUUCGUCUACGAUUACUUCUGCGAGUGGGAGAGAAGUUGAGGUGUCUGGAUGUCAUAGCCCUCACUCUGUUAAGCCUUCUGCUGCCACUACUACUACUUCAUGCUCCAUAGGAAGCUGCAUGGAUGCAGACACUCCAGAGGGAGGAAGACACGAACGACUUGAAGCUGAUUCAUGCUGCAAUUCAUUAAAUGCAGUAUGUGUUACUCCAAUACCUUCUCAUAAUGGAAGCGAAGCUGAGGGAUCUGUAGGACGCCGCCCACCUGUGAGACCCUUAUCUAGUGGUGGUUUAUCAUGCCCUAAAGAGGCAGAGAAGCUUGCCAUUGAGAACAUUUCUGGUCCAGCAGUUGCCCACCCGGGUCUUCCAGAAGUGCUUGAUGAGCAUGAAGAUGAAUUUAGUUCGAUGGAUGGAGCGAACACUCUUGGAGGGGGUACAAAGGGCAGCAUUGCUGAGUCUUUAACAACAAAGGCAGCAGUAGCAGUGAAUGAAGUAGGUUCAACAACAAGCUCUUUCCAGAAGGGAAGCUUAGAGGAACUUGAGCCUGCUGCGUUGGCCAGUCCAUUUUUUAAUACAUUGCCUACUUCUACAUCGAUGACGCAGCGAAAGCCUCUCAUCAGGUUGAGCUUGACUUCUACGGCGAAUGCUACGGCUAAAAGCUCGUGAAGACAUUGUGAGUGAAGUGAAAGCUGGGGAAUUCCCAAGUUCUAUUUCUCCACCACAACACGCAUGUGGAGGAUUCUCUUGCUGAAUUAAAUUGCAGGGGUCGGUACGGAUGCUGUAGAUUGAUGAUGUAAUAUUAAACUUACAAAAGCAAGUUGGUGCAUAAUGGAUGAUUGAGUGGUAAUUCAAAUCUGUUGUAAUGUGUGCUUACUCGCUGCAAAAACUAUGCUUUGUAAAUUUAGGCACAU